ACAUCUCUUGACAAAUGUUACAAGAUUCGAUGGACAUGGAACAGGCGCUGGAACGUCGCUCGUGUUCUUUUCGUAAUCUCACGCUAUAUGGCCUUUGUAGCAGCUGUCCUACUUCAUACGCUGUCCUUGCUACACGAGCGAACGAGAAUGUUGGUGUGUCUUGUUUACGUGGUUGUCGUAUGAACUGAAGGACGACGGAUGCAGUGCUCGAACUUCAGCAGGGCUUCAAAUGUAACUCAUAUCAUCAGUAUUUUAGCUGCUGAAGGUCUUCUGAUCAUUCGUACAUAUGCGUUCUGGAAACAGAGCAAGAAGCUUUUGGCAGUCUUACUGGUCUUGGCCGCAAUUUGCAUUGCGUGUGGUGUCGGUCUCACAGAUUUUGUCGGUGGCCUAUUAACGGUGCCCGUAAACCCUUCAGCUCCCCCCACAAGCAACUGCAAUUUUGAAACGACUCGGGCCAGUGCCAUUCAAUAUGGCUUUCUUGUGGCCUACGAACUAUUGCUGUUGUCUUUAAUGGUGUUCAAGAGAUAUGAAUACUACAGUGAUUGCAACGGUCGUCUAGUGACAGCCAUCUUCCAGGGCGGAGUGCGGUAUAUGACUGCCAUAAUCUUCGUUUCUGUGGUCAAUAUAGUGAUCACGUCUGCGGUGCCAAUAUCAUAUAGCGAGAUUAUGGACUUACCACAAGUUGUCUUCCAUAGUAUGUUGGCAUCUCGUGUGCUGUUUAGUCUGCGUGAAAGUGACCAGCAUGAAUUGGAUUUAGCGACAUUACAAUUGUCGACAUUUCGUCCAGCUCAGGAGGAUUGAAGGCAUACUUCAUUUGAUUGAUUUUAUCCCAUAGUCAUGGUAUGGUCCAUCAGAAUACGUAGCAUAAAAAGACAGCAAGUGAGGAUACGUGAGGUGUGCUGAACUCGACGUCCACGG